AGUCAGCACAGUCUUUCAACUCCAACUUUCAGCGUGAUCCAGACGCACUUGACUGACCGCAACGCGACGAAUUGGCCAACUAGGAUCCGACGACAUGUUAUGAACUGAGAAAUAAUGGAUUAACAUGUUAAACUGAAAUAAAAGAUGCAUUCUGAUCUGUCAGACUCCGUGUAGCGCGGCGAUGCGCAGCGGCAGGUGAUGUGGAUGCUGACGCGUCGGGGCUCAACUGGUCUCCAAGCGGCGCUUAGAAACUGUGGAAGAACAUUUACACGAUUGGCUUUCAGUAGGAGUCAGAAUCAUGGAAUUGAGGGACUAUCCACUAAGUCAUCAUGAGAAUUUCAAUAUUAGUUUCUAUUUAGGCAUUUAUUGUUUAUUAAAAACAGCUGUGCGAAUUAACAAAUGGGCCGUUUUAAAGCGCAAACCUAGUAUUGCUUAUUGAAUUACGUUUUAAAACUUUUCUAGUACAUUUAGUGACCAACACUUGCCCUUAUCGAGUUAAUCCGGAUCCCGUUGGCUCGUAUGGGACUGAGGCACUCAUCGCGGUGCCUGCUCCUGCGGAGAAAGAUGGCGGAGGCGGAGAGCUCGGAGCAGCGCCAGCAGCAUAUUUCCAGUGCUCCCUCAUCCAAGUCCUUACAACCAUCUCCACUACCAAAGCCAGUGACGUCCGUUCAUCAUGUUCCUCAUCCUCCACACACGCCGCACGUCUCCGCGCUUUCUGCCUGUCCGGGCCGAGGCAAGAUGGCCAAGCUACUCAACCCGGAAGAGAUGACAUCACGGGACUACUACUUUGACUCCUAUGCCCACUUUGGUAUUCAUGAGGAAAUGCUAAAGGAUGAGGUGAGGACACUGACCUAUAGGAACUCCAUGUACCACAAUAAACACAUCUUUAAGGAUAAGAUAGUUCUAGAUGUGGGCAGCGGAACCGGAAUCCUCUCCAUGUUUGCUGCCAAGGCAGGAGCCAAACAUGUAUAUGGGAUUGAAUGUUCCAGUAUAUCAGAGUAUUCAGAGAAAAUCAUCAAAUCAAAUCACCUGGACAAUGUUAUUACCAUCAUUAAAGGGAAAGUGGAGGAGACUGAACUGCCGGUGGAUCAGGUGGACAUCAUCAUUUCAGAGUGGAUGGGCUACUGUCUUUUCUACGAGUCUAUGCUCAAUACUGUCAUCUACGCCAGAGACAAAUGGCUGAAACCUGGUGGUUUCAUGUUUCCAGACAGAGCGACUUUGUAUGUGGUUGCCAUUGAGGACCGGCAAUACAAAGACUUCAAAAUCCACUGGUGGGAGAAUGUCUAUGGUUUUGACAUGACGUGCAUUCAGAACGUUGCUAUGAUGGAGCCCCUGGUGGACAUAGUAGAUCCUAAACAAGUCGUGACCAACUCCUGCCUCAUUAAGGAGGUGGAUAUCUACACGGUGAAGCCGGAGGAUCUGACAUUCACCUCGGCCUUCUGCCUGCAGAUCCAGAGGAAUGACUAUGUUCAUGCUCUCGUCACGUACUUCAACAUUGAGUUCACCAAGUGUCACAAGAAGACGGGCUUUUCUACAGCCCCCGACGCUCCCAGCACUCACUGGAAGCAGACGGUGUUUUAUCUGGAGGAUUACUUAACGGUGCGGAGAGGAGAGGAAAUCCUGGGCAGCAUCACCAUGAAGCCCAACGAGAAUAACGAGCGUGACUUGGACUUCACCUUUGAGCUGGAUUUCAAAGGACAGCUCUGCGACGCAGCCAUCUCCCACGACUACAAGAUGCGGUAAAACUGGAGCGGCAUCCUGAG